AUGUCCGAGAGCAGCACUACGUUGACGGUCUUAAACUCCCGCAAGCGAAACUUUAUCUUGAUACGGACGAACCAAGGCCUUCCGACGGUUGGCUUCGUUCUCUCCUCCUCGUCUCUUUUGCCACUUCUCUCGUCCACAUCCAUCUCAACAUUUUCUUCCAUUGUCCGCAUCAUCCUUAGAAACUAUUCCGACUGCCAGACUCGCUCGUUCGCCCUCAACGCCUCGCCGCCGGAUCGCAUCGGGGCUUGCCCUCUUUUGGCCUCCUCGCCGGCGUCGGCCGUCGCAUCGGACGUGCCGUAA